AUGCUCACGCUGAGGAUGGACGAGCUCAAGAUGUGGUCGCGCGUGUUCGACUUCUCCCCGAAGCCGGACUUCGACAGCAUCACGGUCGGCAACCCCGAGCUCUCCCCCGACCUCUACUUCGCCAUUCGCCGGAAGAAAGGCCACGGCACGUCUGUGGUCGUGAGGGAGUUCUUCAACCUUGGGCAGGAGGUGACCGCGCUGUUCACGGUCAGCGAGGAGGGGCACAUGAAGGUCUGGGCGGACGGCGAGCUGGUCGGGGAGCAUCCCGCGGGGCACGCGCCGCGGCCUGUCCCCAGAGGCCACCUCACCAUCGCGGGUCACCACGCGUACCCAGACCAGGGCUUCCAGGGAUCGAUCGAGAACGUGACGGUCUGGGGCGAGGAGGUCUCGUGGGAGGUGGCCACCAGCGCCGAGCCCAAGCCUGCCGCGGCGCGAGCGGCUGGCAAGGGCCGCGGAUGA